GACGCGCGAAGGGCGCUCCCGCGGGGCUGGACUGCAGAGUGCCGCGCGCCCGCAACAGCCAGCGCGGGGGAAGCCACCGCGCCCUGCUCCGCGAGAUCGGCCGGCGCCAUGGACCGAGGCCGGGUGCUGGAGCAGCUGCUCCCUGAGCUCACAGGGCUGCUCAGUCUCCUGGACCACGAGUACCUCAGUGACACCACCCUGGAGAAGAAGAUGGCCGUGGCCUCCAUCCUGCAGAGCCUGCAGCCCCUCCCAGCCAAAGAAGUCUCCUACCUGUACGUGAACACGGCGGACCUCCACUCAGGACCCAGCUUCGUGGAGUCCCUCUUUGAAGAAUUUGACUGUGAUUUGAGCGACCUUCGAGACAUGCCAGAGGAUGAGGGGGAGCCCUGCAAAGGAGCCAGCCCUGAGCCAGCCAAGAGUCCAUCUCUGAGACAAGCAGCUGACCUGCCUCCACCGCUCCCCAACAGACCUCCACCUGAGGACUACUAUGAGGAGGCCCUUCCCCUGGGACCGGGCAAGUCCCCAGAGUACAUCAGCUCCCACAACAGCUGCAGCCCAGCCCACUCAAUCGUGGAUGGCUACUACGAAGAUGCAGACAGCAGCUACCCCACAACAAAGAUGAACGGGGAGCUGAAGAACUCCUACAAUGACUCUGACGCCAUGAGCAGCUCCUACGAGUCCUACGACGAGGAGGAAGAGGAAGGGAAAGGGCCGCAGCCCACACACCAGUGGCCCUCGGAGGAGGCCUCCAUGCACCUGGUGAGGGACUGCAGGAUAUGUGCCUUCCUGCUGCGGAAAAAGCGCUUCGGGCAGUGGGCCAAGCAGCUGACCGUCAUUAAGGAGGACCAGCUCCUGUGUUACAAAAGCUCCAAGGACCAGCAGCCGCAUCUGAGGCUAGCGCUGGAUGUGUGCAACGUCAUCUACGUGCCCAAGGACAGCCGGCACAAGAGGCACGAGCUGCGCUUCUCCCAGGGGGCUACCGAAGUCCUGGUGCUGGCACUGCAGAGCCGGGAGCAGGCCGAGGAGUGGCUGAAGGUCAUCAGAGAGGUCAGCAAGCCCGUUGGGGGCGCUGAGGGGGCAGAUGUGCCCAGAUCCCCAGUCCUCCUGUGCAAGCUGGACCUGGACAAGAGGCUAUCCCAAGAGAAGCAGACCUCAGACUCUGACAGCCUGGGCAUGGGCGACAACUGUUCCACCCUUGGCCGCGAACAUGGCAAAGGGAAGAAGAGCAGCCUGGCUGAGCUGAAGGGUUCAAUGAGCAGGGCUGCAGGCCGCAAGAUCAACCGCAUCAUCAGCUUCUCCAAGAAGAAGGCGCUUGCCGAUGACCUGCAGACAUCCUCCACUGAAGAGGAGGUUCCGUGCUGCGGUUAUCUGAAUGUGCUGGUGAACCAUAGCUGGAAGGAACGCUGGUGCCGCCUAAAGCGCAACACCCUGUAUUUCCAUAAGGACCGCACAGACCUGCGGACCCACGUGAACGCCAUUGCCCUCCGUGGCUGUGAGGUGGCCCCAGGCUUUGGGCCCAGACACCCAUUUGCCUUCAGGAUCCUGCGCAACCGGCAGGAGGUUGCCAUCUUGGAGGCUAGCUGUUCAGAGGACAUGGGCCGCUGGCUGGGGCUGCUGCUGGUGGAGAUGGGUUCCAAAGUCACUCCCGAAGCUCUGCACUAUGACUACGUGGAUGUGGAGACCUUAACCAGCAUCGUCAGUGCGGGGCGCAACUCCUUCCUAUAUGCAAGAUCCUGCCAGGAUCAGUGGCCUGAGCCCCGAGUCUAUGAUGAUGUUCCUUAUGAGAAGAUGCAGGACGAGGAGACUGAGCGUCCCUCUGGAGCCCAGGUCAAGCGCCACGCCUCGUCCUGCAGUGAGAAGUCCCAUCGGGUGGACCCGCAGGUCAAAGUCAAGCGCCAUGCCUCCAGUGCCCAUCAGUAUAAGUACGGUAAGAACCGAGCUGAGGAGGAUGCCAGGAGGUACCUGAUAGAAAAAGAGAAGCUGGAGAAAGAGAAAGAGACAAUCCGGACAGAGCUGAUGGCACUGCGACAGGAAAAAAGGGAACUAAAGGAGGCCAUUCGGAACAGCCCAGGGGCAAAGUUAAAGGGUCUGGAGGAGGCCCUGGCCACCCUGGAAGCUCAGUGUCGGGCGAAGGAGGAGCGCCGGAUUGACCUAGAGCUGCGGCUGGUGGCUGUGAAGGAGCGUUUGCAGCAGUCCCUGGCAGGGGGGCCAGCCCUGGGGCUCUCCGUGAACAGCAAGAACAAAAGUGGGGAAACUGCAAAUAAACCCCAGAACAACGCCCCAGAGCAACCUCUCCCUGUCAAUUGUGUUUCUGAGCUGCGGAAGAGAAGCCCAUCCAUUGUAACCUCCAACCAAGGAAGGGUGCUACAAAAAGCCAAGGAAUGGGAAAUGAAGAAGACCUAGAAAGAAGAUGAGGAUUUCAUCCAAAGGAAAUAUCACCUUGUCCAUUCAAGAGAGAAAUGCUUUUUCACAAGGAGACUUCGGAAGACUGGAAAUAGCCCACACCCUCUGGGGCACCCAAAAGACCAGCCUUUAUCGUCUGCAUGAUUAUAGGGGACAUGGGGAGGGAAGAAGUAGAAGAGAAGUGGGAAAUGGAGGGCAACCUUGUAACUUUAUGGAAGGUGGAAAAGGGGGUGGAGGAAGACAGAAAUCUGCACAGUUGUAAAGGUUUUGUUAAAUGUCUUUGCCUUCCUUUCUGAAGAAGAAAUGAAAGCACAUGUGAAUAAG